AAUAAUGGCAGUCAGAUUAUAGAAAGGAGGUGCUAUGAGACAAAAUAGUCUGAAAUACAUCACAGGGAGGCAUCUGCUAAAGGCUUUUCGCCCCUUUUCCACUUUACAUCAUGUUGUGCCCGUUUCAACGAGACAACCAUCUUUUUCCAUCCAGAUGUUCAGCCAAUGAGAGGUCGUGCUGAUUCCAGUGAAGGAAGGAGGCGGAGGAAGGAAUGCAGCAGGAUGCUCAUUAUUAUGGCUGUCAAACCGACUGGCGACUAGAUAAAACAACCUUUCUGAUGUGAGAUUCACGAGGAUGGUUUGCACCAUGUCCGCUGCAGCUGUCGCGGUAUGGAUUGGAACGGUGGUCACCAUCCUGUCGAGGUCGCACGCAGAGCGGAACGUCUACCCGUCCGCCGGCGUGCUGUUUGUGCACGUUCUGGAGAGGGAGCACUUCAAAGGAGAGUUUCCUCCCUACCCCAAAUCAGGGGACGCCAGCAGUGACCCCAUCACCUUCAACACCAACCUGAUGGGCUACCCGGACAGGCCGGGUUGGCUGCGCUACAUCCAGAGGACCCCGCUCAGCGACGGGGUGCUGUACGGCUCCCCCACCGCGGAGCACGUGGGCAGGCCCACCGUCAUAGAGAUUACUGCCUAUAACAGACGCACGUUUGAGACGGCACGGCAUAACUUGGUCAUAAACAUCAUGGCCACGGAAGAGUUCCCGCUGCCUUAUCAAGCUGAGUUUUACAUCAAAAACAUGAACGUGGAGGAGAUGCUGGCCAGCGAGGUGCUGGGGGACUUCCUGGGCGCAGUGAAGAACGUUUGGCAGCCAGAACGGCUCAACGCCAUCAACAUCACCUCGGCUCUGGACCGCGGCGGCCGCGUGCCCCUGCCCAUCAACAACCUCAAAGAAGGCGUUUACGUGAUGGUGGGCGCAGACGUGCCCUUCUCAUCAUGCCUGCGGGAGGUGGAGAGCCCCUACAACCAGCAGCGCUGCAGCCAGGAGAUGGAACCCGUCAUCACCUGCGACAAGAAGUUCCGAGCUCAGUUCCACAUUGACUGGUGUAAGAUUUCCCUGGUUGACAUAAACAAAGUAGUUCCAGUCUACAUUACCCGUCCUGACCCUGGCACGGGGAUCCUGCCUGAAUUCGGCGAGUACAACCCCCCGUCUGAGUCUCUAAGGAGCCGGGACUACUUCUCAGACUUCCUUAUCACGCUGGCCGUUCCCUCCGCUGUGGCACUAGUCAUCUUCUUCAUCCUCGGCUACACUAUGUGCUGCAGACGGGAAGGGGUGGAAAAAAGAAACAUGCAAACACCAGACAUCCAGCUCGUUCACCACAGCUCCAUCCAGAAGUCGUCCAAGGAGCUGCGCAGCAUGUCCAAGAACCGCGAGAUCUCCUGGCCCCUGUCCACCCUGCCCGUCUUCAACCCGGUCAGCGGCGAGGUGGUGCCGCCCAUCCACCCCGACAACUACGAGACCACCAGCAUGCCUCUCAUGCAGACACAGGCGAAUCUGCAGAACCAGAUCACGAUACCACAGCAGCGACCAUCAGGAGAUAAUUAUGUCAUGUCAACGUUCCGGAGGCUGGAGGUAAAUGGUAUUCCUGAGGAGAGAAAGGUUGCCGAAGCACUGAAUUUAUGACCAGAAACGCCAGUGCCAGAGCUGCCUUUCCACACCUUUCUGUUUGUGUUCUAACAUACGUGCCAAAAUGCAUGUCUCAAAAGUUAGAUUUUUAUCGUCCAUUUGCACUUAAACUUUUAAUCAGUUGUGAUGGAGAACUUUUGUUUGAAUAUUUGUGUGUGUUAAAUAUAUGGCUAAUAUGAUUCCAUCUCUAUUGGCUUUGCACAGUGGGUCUGGUCUGUAGGAGGGAUUUACGGUUGUCAUGUGUUAUUUUUUUAUGUAACAUGUCACAUGAUAAUAAAUCCUUUUUAACUCGCUUGUCCCAAAAAUAAUCACAACACUAAUGUUGUCUGAAGAUUUUUCUUUUGCCUGAAAAAACAAAAAGGCGCCAAAACAGCAAAUCUUAUGAAGGUAUUUUAACAACGUACAACAGAAUAACGGCAUUUAUAAAUAAUAUGAAUACAUUUCACACUUCCUAAGACAUGGAAAAAAAAUUUAACUUUAGAAUAUUUCAAAGAGGUCCUGCACUGGGGUAUAAAUAGUUGUUGCUUUUACACGAUCAACAAGAUCAAUUAAGGCCUCAGAAAUCGCCAAAUUUACUGUUUCACUAUGGAUCAGCAACAGAUGAGGAAACGGGUAAGUAUAUAUAUAUUUUUUUUUUUACAUCAAAGGAAAUGGUACUAUGGAAACACCAUUAUUACCUAUACAAUGAAGUGCUGAAUUAGUUUACUUGGCUUCCACUGCAGCAACCCAAACUACAUCACUAGUAAAUAACUAUGAGGGAAGCUUCAAAAGCUGCAGACAGAUUGUGCUGUGACAAAAAAAAAGGAACCACAUUUUCUUUUUAAGCUACACAAAUAAAUACACGAUUGACACUGCAAUGCAUUACUAACGUAAUAUGCAACUCAAAAGUUCAUAUGCAACACAGCUUUAAUCGCGCCAUAUGUUUUAUAUCUGCAAAUGACUCUAAAUAUCUUAUUAAACCAGAACACGAGUGCCAAAGUGCACCGAGGACUUUGGCCGUUUCCGCAUUAAGCUAAAUUUAAACACUGUCUUCCAACUCUGACAUGGAAUCGGAUGGUGGGAAUGCAAAUCUUAAAAAUCAAAGUGCUCUCUAUUUUUUUUCUCUCACAAAUCUGAGUAUGCACGGGCAGAUAGUUGCCUUUGCAUUUCUGCAGCAGUAGCGUGUCUUCAGCUCACUCAGUGCAUUACCAAAAAGUGGUCUCAAUGUUGUCGUGGUCCUAAAGCAAAGUGCCUAAACGUGGCUACGUGAACGAGCCAAAGAGAGAGCAAUACGCUUCUUCAUGUUUAAAGGCAUUCGAAAAACUAAAAAGAAAUCCUCUCACUCAUCCACUCAUCUAAGUUCACAGGCUGCGACCGCACAGGAAGGACUCGCACUCAGCCAAUACUCCUAUGGCGCAAUAGUAUGUGCAAGGUGGUGCAUUUUCCAGAGCCACGAUGGCAUGUUUGGACUGAAAUCUAAGGAUAAAAUCGCUGCAGAAGCAUUGAUGUACAAAAUAAAUCUUUCACUCUAUCAUACAAAUGUACAUGAACGAGGAAGCGAGCCACUACGAGGACCGACAGCUAUGUGACUGAGAGGCUCAACCUCGUCUGCCAGAUCCUGGGAUGGUACAAAAUCACCUCUGUAAUACUUUCUUCACAAACAGCAGUCAUGGGCACAAAGUACAAAACCAAAAGCCAAGAAAAACAGAAUGUAUAAAAUAUAAGCUUAAUUUAAAUCAUUAAAUACUGUACAAGUCACAUGUCUUUUAAGAGCUACAGUAGGUGACCACAGAUCCUUUUGUACAUUUCUAAAAUUACUCACAAAAAACAACAAAAUGAGUCUAAGAUAGUCCCACAUUUUUAACCACUGAACUCCAAAAUGUUUCCUUUAGCCAUGGCGCUGCUCGGUCAUCCAAGCUCGGCGGUCCGUAGAUAUACGAUCUCUGGUUCUGGCCUUCAGCUGCUACUGCCAUGUGGACGGAGAGCCACCCCCCCCCCCCCUCGC